UCUAAGCGGUCACGGUGAUUAGCCAAUCUUGCGAUAAUUAUCACCUCGGGAUUGGUGUUGUGCGCAGUAAAGGGAAAAGCAGUGUAUUUUCUAAUUUGAAGAGGUGAGGAUUGUCCGUCUUGCACCGCAAUCCGGCUCAACAAUGGCCUUGUUGGCAUGAAGCAAAGGCACGAGAGGUGGAGAGCACUGAGAGCCGACGUGCGAUCGAAAACGACUGGGCGCGUAUACCAGCCAUGCGAUGUUUAUAAGGGCGGCAUGCACUGUGGCUAUUGUGAGUCGCUCAAUGGCACGACGCACCUCGCUUACGGUCCUUUUAUACGCAUUUUAUUUUGUCCUUUUUAUUUAAGUAGUAUCGUCGGAGCCUUCCUUGACCAUUUUUCUUACGUUUUAAUCAAAUCCCCAUACCUGUACUUUCCAAUAUACCUACAGUUAGUUGAGUCGUCGAGGAAGAGUGGCAGAGUGUGGAGAGAUAGAGAGAGUAUGAUAUGUUGAUUAAUUUUGCAUUUGUCUCUUUGCUUUUUACGUUUUCAAGCUUGCUUUCUAUGUUUGUGUGAAACAAUUGGUGACCGUCGCCGCUAUUGGCUAUCUAGAGCAAAG